AUGCAAUCUUAUACUCUCAAGAACUGGAGCUACCGCCAAGCGGGUACUGAUACUUGGAAACCGGCCCGUAAGGACCUUGAAACCACCGAAAUCCACCCGGACUUAUUUGCCAACGGUGAGAUUGUUGAUCCGUUUGUCGAUGAUAAUGAAAAGUCCCUUCAGUGGAUAGGAGAGAAAGAUUGGGAAUACAAGGCCAGUUUCGAUGUUACCGAUAAAACCGCCUCCAAUCACUUGCUAAUAUUCGAAGGGCUUGACACUUUUGCCGACGUGUUUUUGAAUGGCCACAAGAUCCUCUCCACCGAAAGUAUGUUUGUCCAGUACCAGAAGCAGGUCAAACAGUAUGUGCAAUUGGACGGCCCCAAUGAGCUCCGGAUCGUGUUUAGAGCGGCGUUGUUGGUUGCUCGGGAGUUGGAAAAGAAAACUUUCAAGGCCAAAGGAUUCAAUGGUGAGUCCAGCCGGAUGCAAAUUAGAAAGGCUCAGUACCACUACGGAUGGGACUGGGGACCACUUUUCAUGACCUGUGGGCCCUACCGGCCCGUACGUUUUGUGUCAUACAACCUGAGAAUCGAAGACAUGUAUGCCAAAGUAUCGGUGGCUAAAGACCUGGCGCUGGUGGAUUUUCAGGUGCUGUUGGACGUUACCGGCCCGUCAGUGUUGGAGCUCUCAGUGAAAUCUCCCGAUGGACAUGAGGUCCACCACUCGAAACAAGAUGCGGUUUCGGGAGACAAUAGCAUCCGCUUUUCUCUCCAAAACCCCCAACUUUGGUUCCCGUUCAGCCACGGAACCCCCCAUCUUUAUGACUUUACCGUCAGUCUCAAGUCGCAGCAAGGUUUGGAAACGGUCACCAAACGCAUUGGACUCAGAAAAGUCGAGUUGGUCCAAGAACCCUUCAAGGACCAACCUGGUACCAGCUUCUACUUCAAGGUCAACGACGUGCCCGUGUAUUCCUCGGGGUCCAACUGGAUCCCAGCCCAUUCCUUCCAAACAUGUCUCACCAAACGCGACUACGAGGAAUGGCUCCAGCUCAUGGUGGACGGCAACCAAAACAUGAUCCGGGUAUGGGGAGGCGGCUACUACGAGCAGGAGGUGUUCUACACCGAAUGUGACCGGCUUGGGAUUCUCGUGUGGCAGGAUUUCAUGUUUGCGUGUGGACAGUAUCCUGCGUACCCCGAGUAUAUUAAGCUUGUAUCCGAUGAGGUGGAAACCCAGCUCAAACGACUCAGAAACUACUGCUCAUUAGUGCUCUUUGCUGGGAACAAUGAGGACUAUCAGGUGGCUGAACAGGUUGGACUUGAAUGGGAUAAAAGCGACACUUCGGGCCAUUACGAGCACACCAACUUCCCGGCCAGAACUCUCUACGAAGGAGUAUUCCCCAAGCUUGUCAGUAAGUUUUACCCCGAGGUUCCCUAUCAUCCCGGUAGUCCUUGGGGCGGACAGGAUACUGCUGAUGCCACCAUCGGAGAUAUUCACCAGUGGAACGUUUGGCACGGCAGUCAAGAAAAGUAUCAGGAUUGGUACAAGUUGGGAGGCCGUUUUGUGUCGGAGUUCGGUAUGGAGGCCUUACCAUCCCGGAAAACCUAUGAGGCAUGUAUCACCGACAAAAGUGAAUUAUAUCCUCAGUCGUACCUUGUGGACUUCCAUAACCGUUCGGAUGGAUUUGAAAGACGGUUGGCCCUCUAUGUGAUUGAAAAUAUCAAAGUGGAAGGGCUUGAUUUUGACUCAUGGAUCUAUGCUACCCAGCUCAUGCAAGCCGAGUGCCUUGGAUACGCGUACCGGUGCUGGCGUCGGGAAUGGCGUGGUGAUGGCAGACGGUACUCGGGUGGGGCCAUAGUGUGGCAGAUCAAUGACUGUUGGCCAGUGGCUUCCUGGGCUAUUGUGGACCACUUCAAACGGCCCAAGUUGGCGUACUACUCGGUCAGAAGAGAAAGCCGGCCGGUGGGAGUGGGUAUGUACCGAAACGAAUCAAAAGACCCGGAUCCGGUUCUUGAUAUCCCUGAUCAGGAAGGUGCUCCUUUCGAUUAUAGACCAGUGCAUUUGGCAGUGGAUAUCUGGGGAGUCAACUCCAGUUUGAAAGAUGUGAAGGGAACCCUUAAGGUGGAUGCGUACAAUGUCUCCACUGGAGAACGGGUCGGUGGCUUGGACGACCAACUGGUGGUGUUGAAGGCUAACCAGACGUCUGAGUUUGUAAAGAACAUGAAGAUUUCCAACAAAAUUCCGGUUGUGGUGUAUUCUCGGGUGGUGGAUGAGGAGGGAGGUAUUGUUGCCAGCGCUGGAGACUGGCCACAGCCGCUUAAGUACCUUAAGUUUCCCGACAGAAAGGUUGAGAUUGUGGUUGAGAAGGAUCAGGUGGUUUUGACUGUAAAUAAGCCCGUUAAGGGAGUUGAACUUAGUCUUGAGUCUGACUUGUUUAUUGAUGAUAAUGGCUUCGACUUGUUUCCAGGCGACUCAAAGGUGGUGAAGAUCAAAGGCUUGAAAAGCACCGAUUCAGUGAAGGUGCACUAUUAUCAGAAACAAUGAUGUGGACAAAGUUUAUAGUUUGAUUAUAUGUUUGAUUCG